AUGCCAUCCGAUCUCCUUUGUGCCAACUUCUUCCAGAAACUUCAUGCACCUGGUCCAAAUUGGAAAUCCGAUUGCGACAUCCCAAACUCCAGACUGCAUUCUCGCAAAAAGAAAGUCCGAGCCCAAAGGCCUCUACCCACCCGUAUCACCGACCUGUUGGUCAUGGAUAAUCCUGUCUUACCCAAAGAGUGCCCCGAGUUGUACAGCACCCGUCAUAGCCACUACUCCUGGACUCGUAUCACUGUCAGAGAAGAUCUCAUCUGCUCUGAGAUUGAGUUUCUCGCUGGUGGCUUCCCUGGACCUGAGUGA